AUGCGCUGUGAUGUUCACCAUAAUUAUUGGCAAACAAAGGUUGUUGCUUGUGUCUCAUUAAUGGGAGAUAGAAUUCCGGUUGGUGGACAAAAAUCUGAUAGACAUGGUCUUUGGAAAUGUAUACAAGAUCCGUCUGGAAAUACUCGUUUGGUGCAGGAAUGA